GGGGGGGGGGGGGGGGGGGCGGCGGGAACGGCCUCGACUCGCAGCCUCCUCACCCCGCCGGGCUCCCCGGCACGGCUGCGGGGCUGCGGGCUGUCGUGUGGGGCGGGAUGUGCCGGCCCGGCCGCCCUUCUCCCGCCGGGAAUGGCGGCGGCCACGGGGGAGCUGGCACGGCCGAGCGGGGAGCGGGCGCCCCUCCCGCCCCCAGCUCCUUGAUCAGCCCUGGGUGCCCCCUCCGCUGCUCCGGGCGAUGGAGCUGUCGCUUUCUGCCGCCGUUGCUUGCUGAGUCCCGUCCGCUGUUCCGUCCCUUGCAGGUUCUCACAAUGGCUGAGGAUUUGAGAGCAGCGGUUGCCGGCCAGACGAAGAGACUGAACAGCAGCAGAGAGGUGGUUGAAAGGCUGGGAGAAAACGGACAUCAGAAUAAAAGGUUGAAGAGAGAUGUGGAUGAGGAAGAUGUGGACGAUCAGAAUAAAAAGUCACCCAAAAGGAAGAUUGUGUUGUUGAUGGCAUAUUCAGGGAAAGGCUACCACGGGAUGCAAAGAAAUGUGGGAUCUUCACAGUUCAAGACAAUUGAGGAUGACUUAGUAUCUGCCCUUGUUCGGUCAGGCUGCAUCCCAGAAGACCAUGGGGAAGAUAUGAAGAAAAUGUCUUUUCAGCGGUGUGCUCGAACAGAUAAGGGUGUGUCUGCAGCUGGACAGAUUGUGUCACUGAAGGUCAGGCUAAUAGAUGACAUCUUAGAAAAGAUCAAUAGCCAUCUUCCUUCUCACAUCAGAAUUCUGGGUCUGAAGAGAGUCACUGGGGGAUUCAACUCCAAGAACAAAUGUGAUGCCAGAACCUACUCUUACAUGCUGCCAACAUUUGCCUUUGCCCAUAAAGACCACAAUGUGCAAGAAGACGUUUAUCGACUGGACAAAGAGACCCUUGAAAAAGUCAAUAAACUGCUUGCAUGCUAUAAAGGAACACACAACUUCCACAACUUCACAUCUCAGAAGGGACCCAGGGACCCCAGUGCCAAGCGGUACAUAAUGGAGAUGCACUGUGGAGAGCCGUUUGUGCGGGAGAACAUAGAGUUUGCUGUCAUCAAAGUGAAAGGUCAGAGUUUCAUGAUGCACCAAAUAAGGAAGAUGAUUGGGCUGGUGAUAGCUAUUGUGAAAGGUUAUGCUGCUGAGUCUGUCAUAGAGCGCAGCUGGGGAGAGGAGAAAGUAGAUGUCCCCAAAGCCCCAGGACUCGGGCUGGUCUUGGAAAGAGUACACUUUGAAAAAUACAACAGACGUUUUGGAAAUGAUGGGCUGCACGAGCCACUGGAGUGGACAGAGGAGGAGGAGAAGAUUGCUGUUUUCAAAGAGCAGUAUAUCUAUCCUACCAUUAUCAACACAGAAAGGGAGGAGAAAUCCAUGGCAAACUGGCUAAACACCCUCUCCAUUCAUGAUUUCAACUCUUCUGCUGUUGGGAUGCAAGCUAACAACAAAAAUUCAAAGAACAACAGCGAUCUCGAAGGCAGUGAUGGUUGUGAUGAUGAUUCCGACUGAGCCAGUAAGUGGCUGGACGUGGGACCCUUACUGCUUGCAUUUCCCUUUGUCUACAAAAAAGUGGCCUUUCUAAAUCCAAGAACCCAGUAAAUCAGGGGUUUGUGUGCUUGCAGAACAAGAACUGGAUGCCCAGGAGAAACUGGGUGGGGAAAACAGUGUAGCAGAAAAAGUAGAAGCAGCAUUUUAUACCACUGACUGAUUCACCUGACUGGUAUACUUGAAAAUAGUAUAACAAGAAAGAAGCUUUCGAAAAUAAUCUUGCAAUGCGGGAUGUCUUAAUUGCUAUUUGAAUAAUGUUUUUAUUACAUGUUUACCUGGAAACUAGUACUUUAAAUAUGUAUAAUCUCUACAUAAAGAUGGGGCAAAAUGUUUUAUUAUGCUCAUUUUUGAUUAUUAUAAUGAAGCUAUGACUCCAUGAACUUUUGAUAUUUUUUUUAUUAUUGUUAUAUUCUCCACCUUUUACUUAAUUGGAUCUCUAAACACCAUUAAGUUUUUAUUUUCCAUGGCAUCUAUGACUUUCCUGUGGAAUAACAUGCAUGAGUUAGGAACUCAUUAUCAUACUGACUGCUGUGCAUUCUUUUGGUAUCAAAACAAAAUUUCUGUGUUUUCUAAAGCUUUUCAAGUCUAAAAAGUGAUUUCUUACUCAGUGAGAGGUCUUAAUUUUGGAAUGUGGGCUGAACCACAUAUUUCAAGAUGAGACCUUUUCCUUGGGAGAUGUCAUCCUCCAAGUAUUGCCCGUGUGCUUGGGCAGACUUAAAAAUAUAUAUCCAUAGCUACUUGUGUAAUUGGGCCUUUACUGCCUGAAGUGUUGUUUCAUACACCUGUAGUUGAGAUGUGAGGAGAUGUAAAUUAAUUGUUAGGACUGCAAUUCAAAGUGUGCAGCUGUGAACAUUCUAGUGUUGCCCGUGGUGGAUCACUGUAUGUGUUGCUGUUGGUUUAGUAUUUCUGUUUUUAGUGGAAACUCUCUAGCCGUCUGCUGGAUUCAGGUUGAAUCAACUUAGCAUGUGUGAAAGGAAUGGUGCUGACUUCCUCUGGGCUUUAAUCAAGUCUGCAUUCACUUUGUGUGUGUGAACUCUUAAUCCCCAUCAAGCUGCUCAGAAUAGAGGAAUGUGUGCAAUGAUGUGGGAAGCACAUGUCUGAGGACAGACUUCCUUUAGGAAUUGAUUUUAAUUUUCUGUGUUCUGGGGACCUGCGUACUCUGGAGUUCCUUCUCUCCUUUCCCCAACUGUGGUUUGACUUCUGGUUCUUGUUUCCAACUCUCUGUGAAGGUGGUGGAAGAAAAAACAAGUAAAGGCAGCAGCCCUGCUGUCAUCUCUGUCUGUAGAACACUCUUGGAAUGGGUGGAAUGAGACUCUCCAGGCAUUUGGGUAUUAGUACAAGCGUUUGUUAUGCUUCUCUAGCUGGGUCUGUAUGGAGACUAGCUUUGUAAUAUGGUAGUUACUGAAAAUGCAUUGUCAACUCUUUGCUCUUCAUUCAGUGGUUUCUGGCCAAAGCCUCCAGGCUUCUUCUGGAAUUACUUUUUUUUUUUUUUUUUUUGCCAAAGCACAGCUAACCUUUAAAAGGGAUUUGUUUGUUUUACUUUAUCAGGGUUUUAAUUAGAGCCUUGUACUUUAUUGUGAAGGCCUUGCUCUAUUUUAUGAGAGCAAGUGUGUAAAAGUGUUCUGGAGAGGGACUCGGUACCUAAGUUUUCAUUUCUGUCCCUUGCUGGUUCAUACUAUUGACCUAAUCUGCAUUAGUCUUCUAUCCAAAGCUCUAUCUUUCUGCCUGUAUUCAAUCUGGGGGAAAAAAAAAAAAAACAAAAAACAAAAAAACACCUUUAUUUGCUUAUAAUUAAGGUCCCAAAACAGAAAUAUAUCUCAGUUGAAAUCAACGAGAACUUCUAUUUAUAGCAUUUGAAAACAAAACAAUAAUAAUAAAUAAAAAAAGGAUAUUUCUUACCUCUUGGUAUGCGUGCUUUUUUUUUUUAUUUCAUGGGGAUUAUUAAUUUGGUAUUUCAGCUCUGGUUUCAAUGCAGGAGCUGAAUAAAAAUAUUUUAAAAAAUACGCAAAUGGUCAAAAUUCUAAGAUGGACUCUUUGAAAGGGUGCAAGCCUGUGCUGUGUUAGGGGGAAGAAAAGGCAGGCUGCACGCUGUGCGAGAUCUGGAAGGCUGUCGUGGCGGGCUGCAAGGUGCCCGUUUGCUCCCGAGCCCGGCGGUGCCGGCCCCUUCCCGGUGCCGGCCCCUU